CUCAAACCAGGAAGCGAGAAUGAAUAAACUGCUAAACAGACCCAUAAAAGUCAGUAAACUCGCUCCGCCUGUCACUGUACUGCCUGUCACCCGCGGGUUCCCCAAUAAGCCUCAUUGAUCAACAGGGUUCUCAACAUGCGUCAGAAGAUCCUGGUGACAGGAGGGGGUGGAUACAUUGGCAGCCACUGUGUUGUCGAGCUCAUUGAGGCUGGUUAUCACCCUGUGGUCAUCGAUAACUUCAGCAAUGCUGUCAGAGGAGAGGGUGACGUUCCAGAGAGUCUGCGGCGGAUAGAGAAGUUUCUGAACACUCAAAUUGAGUUCCAUGAGCUGGACCUUCUGGAUAAAGCUGGACUGGAGAAUAUAUUUAAAAAGCAUUCCUUUUAUGCAGUGAUGCACUUUGCAGGACUGAAAGCUGUGGGGGAAUCAGUAGAACAACCUUUAAGAUACUACAGAGUCAAUCUCACAGCAACCAUCAAUCUGCUGGAGGUGAUGCAGUCUCAUGGGGUGCAUAAUCUGGUAUUCAGCAGCUCAGCCACGGUCUAUGGAGACCCCCAGAAACUCCCCAUUGAUGAGCAGCAUACAGUGGGCGGCUGUACCAACCCCUACGGCCAGACCAAGUACUUCAUAGAGGAAAUUAUCAAGGACCAGUGCAAGGCAGAGAAGGACUGGAAUGCUGUGCUGCUCAGGUACUUUAAUCCCAUCGGUGCUCACAUCUCAGGACAGAUUGGUGAAGAUCCACAGGGAAUCCCAAAUAACCUUCUGCCUUAUGUCGCCCAGGUUGCUGUUGGCAGACGAAAGCACCUGAAUGUGUUUGGAAAUGACUACAAUACACCUGAUGGAACAGGAGUGAGAGACUAUAUCCAUGUUGUGGACUUGGCAAAGGGACACAUCGCUGCACUCAAGAAACUGAAUGGCGGUUGUGGUUGUAAGGUUUAUAACCUGGGCACAGGGACAGGCUACUCUGUGCUACAGAUGGUCAGUGCAAUGGAAAAAGCCUCAGGUCGAAAGAUUGCCUAUCAGAUUGCUCCUAGGCGGAGUGGGGAUGUGGCCUCUUGCUAUGCAGAUCCCUGUCUGGCAGAGAAAGAGCUGGGCUGGAAAGCUGAAUAUGGCCUGGAGAGAAUGUGUGAGGAUCUAUGGCGCUGGCAAUCACAAAAUCCCACAGGAUUUAAUAAUGGAACAGUACCUUGAAACUGUGUGGAACUGUAUACAUGACAAAGCACUGGGCCAAAGUGGAAUCAUGAAGUCUCUACUUUUUGAUAGUUUGUUUUGUAUGUAAAUUCGUUAUACUAUAAGAAAUUUGCAGCCAAAAUUGUCUUCGAUCAACAUAUGUCAAUGUGUUUCCUUGUCAAUGUAAAAUAAUAAAGAUUUAAAUUUAUGCAUUUGG